UGUUCUGAAGAUAUUAGCGACAAAUGGAGUCACGGCGAAUCAUGAUAAAGAAAGUAAUGGUAUGAAUUCCGAGUGUCCUGAAACGCCUCGUGAUCAGAACAACCGUCAGACGAGAGCUAUUGCUUUUUAAAUGUACAGAUACAGAGUUAUUUACUCCACUUAUUUGCGAAAUCAAGAAUGUAACGACAUGAAUGGUAAUGUUUUGAAUGAUGUUUUGAAACUAUUAGCUACAUGGAGUUACGUGGAAUCGUGAUAAGGAAAGUAAUCAUAUGGAUUCCAAGAGUCCCCAAAGGCAGCGUGAUCAGGCCAAUCGCGGAAGCACCUGCUGACAACAGAAACUCAGCCGCUAGUUUUCGAAUAUAAAAUUCUGCUAUUUCUUAAAAAAAAUAAGGGUCCAACUGACGUUGGCUGAUAGACGGCAACAGAUUAUCGAUAUAUAAAACAAAACUUCAAAGCUUAGUAAAAGUUAGCUUUAGUAUACGUCGACGAGUUGCACUUGUUUCCACAAUGGAGCAAAUGACGUUUGUGAGCCACCAUCAUGUCAGCGAGCUCUUCCACAACAAGUUCAUUGUGGUGCUGGGAGACUCUAUUCAGCGGUCCGUCUACAAAGACCUUGUCUUGCUUUUACAGGAGGAGAAAUACCUCAACUUAGCACAACUCAAGCGAAAGGGUGAGAUGAGCUUUGAACAGGACUGCCUGGUAGAAGGUGGUUGCCUGAGCCUAUUGCACAAUGGCACAGAGUACCGGGAGGUCCGGCAGUACCAGUCCGCGCACCACCUGGUUCGGUUCUACUUUGUGACGCGCAUCUUCUCAGACUACAUGGAGAGCAUCUUCAAUGACUUCCGUCAUGGUUUGAAACCAGAUUUGGUCAUCGUCAACUCCUGUGUUUGGGACAUUUCAAGCUUAUGUCACAGCCUUCAUGUAAGUUGUGAACCUCCCUGUAGGUAUGGUUUAAAAUGGGGUGAAAACUACAAGGAGAACCUCAGUAGGUUCUUUGAAGAGUUGAAUGAGAUCCUCCCAAUUGAAAGCUUGGUCAUAUGGAACCUCACCAUGCCCCUUGCAGAGACUAUCAAAGGUGGCUUCUUGGUUCCUGAGAUCUCUGACAGGGCUGCCAAUCUACGUCACGAUGUAAUCGAAGCCAACUUCUACAGCGGAGCCCUAGCCAACGCCUACAAGAUGGACGUGCUGGACCUCCACUUCCACUUUCGCUUCUCCCUGCAUCAUCGUAUUAAAGAUGGUGUCCACUGGAAUGCUCUGGCCCACCGCCGGAUAACCACCCUGUUGACACUGCACGUGGCAGACGCCUGGGGUGUGAAACUGCCGCUUAAUUCCAAUGCAAGAAUUCCUGUUGCUUAUCAGCUGCCAGCCCAGCAAAUUGUUCAGAGACAUGAAGCGCACCCCCCAAGAAACAACUUUUGUCCCAAUCCUGCUCGCGUCAACGGCUUCAUGAACUUUGAGGCUAUCCCACCAGCAUACUGGUAUGAAGAUGAAGCAUUCUAUGGAUCUUCCUUUCAUCACGACCCACUUCCAUACGGAUCACGAGCAAGCUGUAACCAAGCCCAGCUGACUUCGGGUGAGAGGUGGGAACUAGUGGUGGACUAGUCGCCAGCCAAUCACAGGGCACAUAUAGACAAGCACCCAUUCUCACUCACAUUUACACCUACGGACAAUUUACAAUACCCAGUUAGUGGAACAUGCAUAUUUUUGGAAUAUGGAAGUUGUGUGCAGAGUACCUGGAGAAAACACACACACACACACACACACACACAGAGAGAGAACUCCAGUCAGAUGCACAAAUGGAGAUUCAAACCCUCAACAUGCUGACCACUCGGCCACCGUGUGGCGCCAUUAUUAGUUUUUAUAACUGAAAUUAAUUUCAAACAAAUUACUGUACAGUUACAUUCCAACAUGAAAAUCAUGUAGAAGAUUAAUGUCAAGUGGUUGCUUUUAUUAUAGGAAUUAUUACAAAUACAAGGGAGUGUGUCUGAUGCAAUUAUAGAUACUGUAUAUACACAAGCAUAUCUCAAAUUUGAAUCUGGAAUUUUUCCGCAAUUCAGUUCAAAAAGUUAAACAUGAAGUAUUUGAAGUAUUUUGAACGUAUUAAUCAUUUUGAUGAUUAGCCUACAACUGACAAAAGCCCCAAACUCAGAAGGCCUAACCCAGAAAAAAUUGAAAAAUCGUUAAUUCCAGUAUUGUAGACCACUGGUUUGUGCUGUAAUCGGCAAAUGAACUGCAAAAACUUCAUGAACCUUUUAGUUGUUCCGUUAGUCUGAUUUGAACUCCUAUCAUGUAACUUUUGCACCAUAUUUCAAUUCAUUGAGAUGUACCCGUAUAUGACAAUUUAGCUAAUUUCCCUGGAAAGUGACAAGUGAAAUCCAAAUCACUAAAUCUUGUAUUAACCCUAUAAACAUGAGAAAAUAUCACAAGUAGGAAUGGGAAUAAAAGAAGCAAUGCGUUGCGCCUCAGGCCAUGAGGAGGCGGUGCACGUUUUGCAGUUGCUGCUGCGACAGGACAAGACGGUGGACUUGUUCUUGUCCCCGGGUGCAAGGAAUGGCGACGCGGCCCACAAACACUGUUCCGCCAUUCUUCUCUUCUUUGGCCUAAGAAACAGUACACAAGAUGAAGAGAAAGCCAUGCUGGUGAAUGCGUGCUACUGUACACAGUGUGCACCCAGUGGGGCCUCACCUUGACAAAUGAGGAGACUGGGAAGGUGGCAAAGUCAGUUGCAGCCUUUGCUCCAGGCUGAUGGGACACCACAUGCUCGGCUACUUCACCCUUCAAGAAGAACUUGAAUAUUCAGAACCACAUUCAAGUGUUGCUCAUCUAAAGUACAAUAUGCUUUUACCUUGAGUUUGGCCAGAGCAUCGCUAAGGUUUUGCAGCCGUGCGGUCUGCUCAAGCAGCUGGGAGCUGGCACUGACUGGUGGUAGAAAGUGGGAAACCGGAAAGUCAGAUUUGGAAAAUGCCAGAAAAAAAUAUUUCACAGCUGUGACGUGUGCACACACCUGACGUCUUCCCGGUGAUGUCCACCACUUUUACCUCUGCACUCAGCUUGAGAAGGGUCGCUAGCAGCUGGUCAGUCCUGCGGUAGAUGCCUGUAUUAAGUCCCUCAGGUGGCGUGGAGCUCUCUGUGGAAAUCUGGGGCAGUUUGGGAGGGCAGAGAGGAGGCAGGGAGGCCAGUUGUGCGCUCAUCUUCUCUGCCUGGAUGGGGAAACACACUUGGUCAAUCCACGAUCACAAGAACAGUUUAGUUGUAGCAGAAUACCUUAAGUCUGUUAUUUUCGUUCUUGAGGCGUUUAAUGCCGAGUCUCUGAGCUUCAAGCUGCUGCUGGAGAAGAGGAGAGUCCACCACUUGCAUUGGUCCUGAUAUUGUUUGGGACAAAGCUGCAGAAGGAGGACAUAGGAGCACUGUGAUUCCUCAUCAAAAUAAUUUGGCGUACAUCUGAAGCUAUUUCCACAUUACUUUGUGUGGACAUGUCAUUCACUUACUCCCUGCUGGUCCUUGAACAACAGAGGCAAUUCCAGAAGCAGGCAUGCCUCGCAAGCCUUCUAUGGUCAUCUUUGAUUGAUUAUUGAUGCGCUGUUUCAGCUCAGCCUUCUCUGCUUCCAGCUGGUCAAUGUCAGCUUGGAGAGCAUCCAUCGUCUCCUCAAAUUCCCUGCGUUUGUGAAAAUUGACAGCGUGUGAGCAAGCACGGGAUGGCACAUGAGAGAAAUUAUGAUCUCUUCUCACUUUUCUUUCUUCUUCAGCAAGUCAAGGUUCUUAUCCAGUUUGGUUUGGAUCUUCUCCACACGUUCAUCUGCGUCCUUGGUGGACGUGUCCAGCUUUUUCUCAAGCAGGCUCAGACGGACGUUAGCCUCACUCAGCUCUUCUCCCUAAAAAAGAUUUUGUUUAACUUCUCUACACAAAAUGUGAAUUUCAUAGUUUGACUGGAAGACCUUGAUCUUGAGGGACUUCUUAAGCUCCUUGAUGACUGUUUCUCUGUCUUCUAGUUUAACUCCAAGACCCUCAGCGUCCGUCAUCUCAGCUCUGACCGUAGCUGCUCUCGUUUCCACUGGAGGACUCUAAUAUCAGAGUUAUUACAGGUUAAUGUGCGAUUCAAAUAUCCUGGUACAUUAAGGAGACAAAGUUAAGGACAAAUACCUUGCCCUGUGGUUUGUCUGCAUCAUACUCUCCUUCCUGCAUGGCUGUGGCUGUCUUGUUCAUUGUAGCGAUGAUAGCAUUGCAAGACUGACGUAGACACUCGGGGCCAUUAAGACCAUGAGCAGCAUACACCUAUGUGGGAUGCAAAGAGAACACCUUGAACAACCUUCCCCUGUCCACUGGUCUCAAAAUAAAUUUCAAUAAUCCCCUACCUGCUCCACAGCCUUGCAUACAGUAUCCUCCAAUUUAAGAGCAUUCAAUCCUUCCUGAUCACCAAGUGAGGCGAUCAUCUGAGCUCCAGCUGCUGCCACUUCCUGGAGCACGGCAACCACACGGGUCAGUUGCCGUCUGCACUCAGUCAGCCCCUCGGACACCUUGCACAACACGAAUAAGCUCUGCUUGUUUUUUGUGUUUUAUGAUAAGGCCCAACUGAGUUGUCAUGUAUACAUUGUAUGCCUAAUAUUGUAUAUAUUGUGUGCCUGUUAUACCUGUUGUCCAAAAUGGAGAGCGGCGGGCGCCCCGACAGCAUCCGUACCAGGCAUGCGACGGCGGAUCUUCUUACAGAACUGCUUGAUGUCUGAGCAGGAAGUGUCCAGGUCUUUCAGUAGAACAGCCAGUGUAGAGUUUUCCUGGCCCACCGCUAGGAAUGCCCUCAGACGACCUACCUCCACUCCCAUACAGUCCAAGGCACUCUGGAUAAACUGCAGUCAGAGGUUGAAUUGCUGAUUUGGUUGUGAGUACCCACACAGCAAACUUAUUCACUUCACAAGGAUAUGUUGCCCCAUUGAAGGAAAGGCUUUAAUUACCUUAAUGUGGUCAGCUAGUUGCACUGUGCAGUCCUCUGUGUGAUCUGCCAGGUGAACGCUGUACAAUUGCUUGAGGCCAGAACAAACUGACUUAGACAGUUUCUAUUACAAGGGCUAUAAUCUGUGUGCACAGAGAAGAAUAUUCUGUUACCUGGUAAUAUUUGAUGGCCUUGGUCAGCGGUUCCACCUGAACAGUUUCAUCCAGUUGGUCUUUGUGCAGCAAGUCGAUGAAAUAAUCCAGAGAUCGCUCGUGGAAGCUCAUUUCAGAGUAGAGCGUACCCAUGCGCUUAAAAACCUCCACUGUGCACAUAUUCAGAGCUCUGGUGGAACAAGAGAGGACAUUAUCAAUUAUGCUGCUACACCCUAGUAUUUGUAAGUAAUGAAGGAUGUGCCUUACUGCUCAUAUUUGUGCAAGGUGGCCUGCAGCAAACUGAGGGAGUACACCAGUCCUGAUGCGAAACUACGCUGUUCUCCUGGAGGCCCCUUGAGUGCUGUGCCUUGGGCCAGGUUCCCAUUCAAGUCAAAUUUUUCCUGCGCCUGUUUGCUGAUUAGCUCAGCCUUUGUUGGACAGAUAUGAAGACGCACAUUACAGAAAUGGGCUCAACCACCAAAAGUAGACUGGUAGAUUUUUAACUGGCCCUCCUACCUUGCAAAUGAUCCUGGGGAUGAGCAGGAGCACCAGUAUGCACUCGUGGUCUCCACCAUGACGGAGGAAAGAAUCGGGCAUGAAGGAAGUAAGGAGAGAUACUUGCCGGUUCAGCUGAGCCACUUCCAUUUUCCUCAGCUCCAUCUCAAUGGCCUAAAGACACACACAGUUGAUCAGCAGAAUGAAGGAAGCACAUUGGACAUUGAAGAAGCAGCAUCGUCCUACCUUGGCAUACGCCUUUGUUUCUGCAAAUUUGAUCUUGAAGUCAAAAAGUUCUGUUGGAGGUUGUUGAACUUGUUCAGUACUUGCACUCUGCUGAGUCAUCAGCUCUUUGUUGGCCUCCUGGUGCACAUAAUCAAAAUACAUAAAGCGCGUAGUGCUUCCAUAUUGACAAUACCUUGACGUACACCCACCUGUAGUCUACUAGUGAGGUCUCUGUAUUUGCUGAUGGUCUGCUGGUAAUCAGCCACUGUCUCCUGGGCAGCCUCCACCCUCUUGUCCGCCUCUCUGACUUUUGCGGCACCCAGGUCCAGCUGCUCUCUCAGCUCCAUUUCAGUCUCCCUGGCAUUCUCCUGGAGCUCGUCAUUCAUUUCAUUAAUUGACUCCUGUUGGCACAGAAGGAUCCGUUUUUUGGGGGUAAUUUUCACCGAGUGUCUGUGUUUAAUCAAAGAAGCUUUUUGUAGAGAAACUUAAAUGAGAGACACUCCUACUCCAUAGGAAUAAAGUCACACUGACCAGAUCGGUCACAGUUUCUCUCAGCUCUCUGACUUUCUCCUCAAGGUCAAGAUUCCUCUCUGUCAGAGUCUCAACCAUCUCCUCUGAGCCAAGGGCGGCAUCCACCUGGUACAACAUGAACAUAAACCCUCAGACACAAGUUUGAAGAAAGUAUUCACAUUUGUAAUAGUUUCACCUGUUCUUUUAGUUCAUCGAUUGUGGCCUCGGCCUGCUUGACCUCCACCUGCAAUUUUUCCUUCUGAGUCCUCAGGGUCUCCAUCUCUGUGUUCUUCUUCUCCAUCUGCUUUUGCAGCUUCACAUGCUCCUGUUUCUCAGAAGCAGACAGGUCACGCAUCCUGGGAAGAAAAGUUGUCUUUAUAGCUUAAGCCUAAGCUCAUGUUUAAACUUAACUUUGUCUGAGUGCAUUCUUAAAACUUUUGUUUUUUUGUACAAUCUCACCUGACCAGGGCCUCCUUUAGCCUGCUGUUCUGCUCCUCUAGCUGUUUAACAUGGUAACUGGAGGCAGCGCCAUCUGAGCCUGCAGGAGAAACAACAGAAGGGAAGAGUCAAUCCGCAUUUGUCAAAUGGGCGAGUGGCGUACAAACCUUUCUCUGAAAUCUCGUGUCGAAGGAUCUCCAGGUCCAUGGAAAGUUCCUCCACUCUCUCCUUCAGUGUGUCCACCUCCACCUGCAGUGACUCUGCUCGCUCUUCAGCCAUCUCUUUGUCUAGAGUAGCCAUCUCGAUGGCAUCUGCUGUGUCCGACAUCUCUUCCAUGUAGUGGUCCUUGGCCUCCUGAGCAUCACGUGCUUCCUAGAAGAAUGGAACAAAAAGAAAUUAGCUGUUGUGACAGUGCUUUGUCUUUAAUCCUCUCAGUUUUUAAUAUUCAUUCACUUCAUACAGUUGAAGUAUACAUUAUUACUUUAUUGUGCCAUAUAUUGUUUUUACCCUUUUGGCUUCUUUGAGUUGCUUCUGCAGGUCAGCCUGCUGUUCCUGCAUUUUGGUUUUCCACUCCUGAAGUUGCUCCAGUUGGAUCUUGUGCUUCUCCAGCUCCUUCAGUUUGACCUUGUCCUCAGUGCGCUUCAUCUUCAGCGUCUCCAGCUUCUCCUCCAGGUCCUUGACCUGUGACCGCAGUGACUCCUCCUCCUGGAAGCAAUAGACAGACAAUAGGUAGAAGAAAGCAGGUUGGUAAAAUUAAAUUUUGUGGUGCUGCUAUGGGAAGGAUUUGCACCUGCUACAAUAACACCCAUUACCCAAGAUUUUUUACAACAUUGGUCAGAACCCAUCACCAGCACAAAUGAUGAUAAAUGUUCUUGCUCCAAAGUGAAUUAAGUGGGAUUUAAACCCUCAAUUGAAACACACCAUUAAAAGUGGAGGAGCGUGCAUUCUGAGUUAGUUUGUGGACACAUGCCAUCAGCAUGCAUGCAGCAGUUAGAAAACUACCUGUUUGGAAAUGGUAGGUUCCGCCUGGUCCAACAAUAGCAACAUGGAUGGAAUGAAAAUACAUUGAAAUUAAAAUGAUAUGAAAUGGAAACGUGACAUACCUAUAUGAAAACAUUUGAGUGACAGUUAUUUAAAUACCAACUGUUACACCCUUCUUUCUGAGUAACCCACCUUGCUGGGAGUAGCAGGAACAGAUGUUGCUGCUGCUGUCGGCGAUCCACCAGGCUGAGGGAUGACAGGAGCACCCAGUGCACCCUGGGGGGUGGACAGGCCCACCUCGUUGACAUCACCAGAUGACAGACUCUCACGAGAAGCCUGAAAAAAGAAG